AUAGUGCAAGAGUAUCGAGUAAGAAAAGCGCCACAUAUAUUCGUAAAGGAGGAAAACCUUCUCAAGUACAUUGCCUAUGUCUUAGGAAUAACUAUAACGGGUUUAACUGUAUGGACACUGGCAACUCAGUCUAACGAGGUUCAGAAUGAGGCUUGGCCGCAAUGUGCCGCACAGCCUUGGAGCCUCACCUGGUACGCCUUUGAGGUUCUUUUGCUUAUGAUCGGUCUCCGCUUGUGCGUCAAGGGACGGCAUUGUGGUGGAACCGAAAAAUGGAGGUUUCUUGCCGUAUUCUGCAUCGAAGUCUUCAUAACGCUAUUUAUAAACCUUCUAAGGUAUGUGAUACGACAUACAGCUCGUAGCGAUGUUCAAAUGAUAUUGGUAUUUUUGCACCUUCAUUUGACAACUACACCAAACUUAAUCAUUAUUUUUGCGCCUAAAUUUGUUGCUGUAAGUUAACU